AUGGAUGAAAGUGCUCUUUUAGAAGCAAUUGAGCGCUUGAAAAUAGAUUCUCUUUAUUUAAUUGAACAUGAUGAAGCCUCUUCUGAAGCAUCUUGGAAAAAAAUGCUUAAAAAACAAGAUAAUUUGCUUGAAUAUCAAUUGACAAGAAUAUGGGUUUUUGAAAUGGUGAAUUCAGUGUCUGAAAAUUGCGUAUUAGCAUUUAUAAUUGGUCUUUCUGAUACAAAAAUCGAUUUGGUGUCCUUGGCAGGACCUUUAGAGUGCACAGCAUUGCGAAAAGCUUCUUCUGAAUUGGUGUUUGAUAUUCUUAAUGUGAAAAAAGAGGAAGUGUCACCUCUCUGUAUUACAAAAGAGAAUGCAUCAAAGAUACGGGUUGUUUUAGAUUCACGAAUAUCUCUUGAGAGCCGAUUACUUGCAUUUCGUUUGUUAUCAACAUGUAGAACUAUAUUUUUUACACAUUCUCAGUUGUUAGAUCAUUUCUUACAUCUGGGUGUUUGGAAAACUGAUUUAUUAUUAAAACAGCAACAGAAGGUUCCUCCAAAGUCUACGCUUAAUUUUUCUAAAGAGUCUAAACAUGAUAAUAUACUAAUUGGAAUUACUGUUAAAAAAAAUGAUGAUUUUUCUGAAUGGUAUCGUCAAGUAUUGAUUAAAGGAGAUAUGGUAAGUUUUAAGCGUAUUACUUUUUAUUUUCUUAAUUCAUAUUUGAUCGACUAUUAUGAUAUUUCGGGGUGCUAUAUAUUAAAACCAGCAUCUUAUUACAUAUGGGAACAAAUACAGAAAUGGUUUGAUAUGCAAAUUAAGAAAUUAGGAGUAGAAAACUGUUAUUUUCCUAUGUUUGUAUCCUCAAAAGCUCUUGGAAAAGAAAAAGAUCAUAUAGAAGGAUUUGCUCCAGAAGUUGCAUGGGUUACAAAAGCUGGAAAUUCUAAUCUUGAAGAGCCAAUCGCUAUUCGUCCAACAUCUGAGACGAUUAUGUAUCCUUAUUUUUCUAAAUGGAUAAGAAGUUAUCGUGAUUUACCAUUAAAACUUAAUCAAUGGAAUUCUGUCGUCAGAUGGGAGUUUAAACAUCCACAACCUUUUUUACGAACUCGGGAGUUUUCUUGGCAAGAGGGUCAUACAGCAUAUCUAGAUAAAGAAGAAUCGGAGAAAGAGGUAUUUAAUAUUUUACACUUAUAUGAAAGAAUAUAUGUCGAAUUGCUUGCAGUUCCAGUUAUUAAGGGUAUAAAAUCAGAAAAAGAAAAAUUUGCUGGUGCUGUCUUCACGUCAACAAUUGAAGGAUUCAUUCCAGCUACUGGGAGGGGUAUUCAAGCUGCAACUAGUCAUUCAUUGGGACAGAAUUUUAGCAAAAUGUUUGAUAUUUCUGUAGAGGACCCAAAUGCAAAAUUAGAUGAUGAAAAGGCUAAACUUUAUGUUUGGCAAAACUCGUGGGGUCUUUCAACAAGAGCAAUUGGGAUUAUGGUAAUGACUCACAGUGAUGAUAAAGGAUUGGUAAUGCCCCCUAGGGUCUCAAGAACUCAAAUUAUUGUAAUUCCUUGUGGAAUUACUGCUAAAACUACUACUGAACAACAAAAAAUGAUUAUGGAUGGUAUUUCAAAUAUUGUUAAUACUCUUAAAAAGGGGGGGUUUCGUGUUAAAUCAGAUUUACGUACAACAUAUUCUCCAGGUUGGAAAUUUUCUCAUUGGGAAAUGAUGGGAGUUCCUUUACGAUUGGAAUAUGGGCUUAUGGAUCAUGAGGCAUUACAAGUGGUUGCUGUUCGUCGAGAUACGAGUAUGAAAACUAAGAUUCCUCUUUCACAAUUAUUAUCUUCUGUUUUCGAUUUGUUAGAAACAAUUCAAUCUGAUUUAUACAAAAAAGCAAAAAAACAAUAUGAUGAAAACGUUCAAAUUGUAUAUCAGUGGGAAGAUUUUGUUCCUUUACUUAAUAAAAAAAAACUUUUACUUAUUCCUUGGUGUAAAAGAUCUUUAUGUGAAGAAGAAAUUAGAAAAAAUAGCACUAGUGAAUCAAGUACUGGUUCAGAAGAUGAAAAUAUGUUAGCUAUGGGCGCAAAAAGUCUUUGUAUUCCUUUAGAACAACCGACUGGUGAACAUCUCUUGAAAGAAGGUGUUAUUCAUUGUACUGCUUGUGGAGAAUUAGCAAUAACAUUUGCACUUUUUGGUCGAAGUUAUUAG